AGUCUGUCUACUGGUUUAUUAGUCUGUCUACAUAUCCAAUGCUCAAAAUGCUCAGUCUCCCCUUGUGAUGUUGUGGUUUACAAUAUAUCUGUAAUGAGCAAGACAGAUUUAGCUCAAUUAUAUGAAAACUAGGUACAGCCACUUUAAACAGCAAAUUCUACCAUAGAAUCCUGACUGUUCUCCAGCUCACAUUUAAAUGAGGCAUUCUAUAAUGUUGUCAUGAAGUCAUGUGACCAGCUCUAGAACACUCACCUAGCAACCAGUGUUGCCAUGGUGUUCUCGUCACCAUGGCAACGGUGACAAAGAAAUCCUUUGACACAAAGCAAUCGAUUUGUAGUACUUGUUAGAUCAAACUCAACGGUCACAACAAAGUCAAGUGCUCUUGUAUUGCUCUUGUAUUGCUCGUGUAUUGUUCGUGUAUUGCUCAGAUAUCAAAUUUUUUGACCAACCUAAAUACAUACUGAAAUGGCUUCAGGAUAUCCCUCCAGACUAGAUCAAACCCUGUUUAAGUUAGGGGAGUACAUCGUCUUGGACGUACUUGGGGAAGGGCAUUUUGGUGCAGUCACUAGAUGCUUUCACCCUCAGACUUUAGAGAUCGUGGCAGUUAAAACCCUGAAGAACGCCAGUAGCAGUCUCGAAAACGAAGUUGAGAUCUUGGAGGAGUUGCGCCUCUUACAACCAGACAAGUACAAUAUUGUCAGGUUCAUUGAAUACUUUGCAGAACAGGACUCCGAAUGCAUGGUAUUUGAAACAUUAGACAGGAGCCUGUUCGACUUUAUGAACAUGAGAGGAAAGCUAUUGUCUUUGUGUGAGCUCCGUCCAGUGGUACAGCAGCUCCUGGUGGCCUUUGACGGUCUCAAGACGGCUGGGAUCAUUCAUGCAGACCUAAAGCCAGACAACAUCAUGCUGGUGAACCACAGUAAGCAGCCUUUUAAAGUCAAACUCAUUGACUUUGGCCUUGCUGGUUAUGCAGACAUGAUGGACUUCCUGAACAUAUGGCAGCCUUUUCCAUACCGAGCUCCAGAGGCCACUCUAGGCUGCGACGUCACUGAGGCUGUGGACAUGUGGUCUCUAGGCUGCACUCUGGCAGAGUGUUUCACAGGAUACCGUCUUUUCAGUGGACACUCAGCCUACGAAAAUCUCAGGACAAUCGUCGAACUGGUAGGACUUCCAAGUGCAAAAGUGCUCCAAAAAGCACAUAUGGCUUUAGAUUACUUUACAAGCCCUUCUGGUGACUUCACACAGUGGAGACUUCAAACCUUAGAUGAGUACUAUGGCAGACAGAGAGAAGACAUGCCCAUGGUCUCAGAUUGUCUAGCUGGAAUAUUCAGCUCUUUAGACAGUGUUUUUCAGGGGUCUCAUACAAGAACGGGAGACCCAGAGCACAGAGACAGAUUGGCCUUUGCUGAUCUCAUAAAGAGACUUCUGGACCUGGACGAUGAGAUGAGAAUCACUCCCAAGGAGGCACUCCAUCACCCCUUUGUGACGAUGGAACAUCUGAUCGGUGAUGACAGUGAAUACAGUGAGAACGCUCGUGGCCUCAUGGCCUUAGCUCUUAAAGGGUCCACCACUGUGUCUGAUUUGAGCCCUCCUGAACAGCCCAGUCCACACGUCCCACAACAUGUACCAGAGCCGCUCUGGGAUGAGGAGGAAGCAAUAAGACCCACGCAAACACUGGAGCACAUAGACAACACAAAGUGUUUCAACCAGGGUAUUCUAGAGACUCCAAUGGACAACGAGGAAAACAUGCAACCUGUCAAGUACGUCAAUGGGUUUUUCUAUUUUGGCCUUGAAGAUCCAGUUUGGAAUGAACCACUUAAUGUAGGAGAAACAAGUGUCCCCCAAAUACCUCAGUGUUUGAACCCAGCUAUUCUAGAGCAGCAGGGAACAGCAACAGAACUCACUGAAGCAAACAUGUCCAAAAACUGGUGUGAUUAUACUUCUGAGGACGACGAACUCCUCUACAGCCAGGAAUUCGACCUGGAGAUGGAACUCGCCAAUCAGGACCAGACCUCUGGACCAUCUGAGGAGGUGGUCCAAACCUCUGUAACUCUUGAAGAGUUGGAGAGGGAGCAGUUGGAGCCUCAAACCCAACAGAGGUCUGAAGAGGAAGAAGACCAGAGCUUGAGCUUAAACAUGCUCGAAUUUGAAAAGGCCUCUAAAGCUGCUCAGGCUUUAGAUGCCAGAGAGGAACGUCUUCUCCAAGAGCUGGAAGACCUCAGGUAUGUUCGAGAAAUUGACCACAAACAGCACCAGGAGGAGAAGCUCAAGUUAUUGAACAAAACUGAGCUGAUCAUUGCAGGUCAUAAGAAGCAACUCCAAGGCUUCAAAUCUGAACUGCACACAGUGAAAAAGGAGAACAGACAAUUAGUGAGAGAAUCUGAGGAGCUGAAACGUAGGAUUAAGAUCAAAGAUGGAGACGUAAACCAGCUUGUCGAACAGCAUGAGGAGGACAAGAGGAAAAUGAAGCGGAUUAUUCAAGAUCAUAACACUGAAAUGAAGAAAAAGGACAGAAUAACCCAAGAACUCCAAAUUGAACUGAACAACGUGAAAGAGGAGAGAGCAGCACUUAUACACCAGUCAGAUGAACUGAAGCACCAGCUUCAGUCCAAAGAUCGCACUAUGGACGCACUGCAGAAACAAGUUGCUGAAAUGAAAGACAUGCUGGAGCAAAUUCGAAAAGAUUCCAGACAAAAAUCCAAACAGUGGGAAAAGGAAAAACGGAAUCUUCAGACGGACGCUGCCAAUAUGAAAUCCAAACUCCACAAAAAAUCUUCAGAAAAUACAGAGCUGACUGAGCAGAACUCUCAACUGAAGCGUGCACUGGCAGAUUUCAGAACGGACAUGUCUGCUCUGAAACAUGAACUGGAAACCAAAAAACAAGAGGCGGCUGUCCAGAAGGUCCAGAUGUUGCGGCAAAUGGAAGACAAAGAUACGCACAUCCGAAAGAUGGACGAGGAGAAGGACGCCACUUUGAGGACCUGUGAGGAGGUGAAGGAGGAUCUCAGAAAGACACAGAAAGAGCGCUCCCUGCUGAUGGAGAGAUGCAGUGCAUCAGACCAGCAAUUGAAAAGAGCAGAGGUAGAGCGCUCCCUGCUGGUCAUUAAGAACAACGUGUUACAGCAACAGAUAGAAGAGGAGAAACAAAUCAAAACCGAACUAGAGGAGGAGAAGACGGCUCUCUUAAAGACCUGUGAGGAGCUAAAGGCAGAGAGCUCCCUACAGGCUGAAAGCUGCAGUGCGUUGGAGAAACAGCUGAGGAGCACAGAAGAACAGCACUCCCUGCUGGAGAAGAUGAGCAUAACACUGGAGCACGAGCUGGAGAAGAGGAAGAGGAAAUGGUACAGGAGACUGUUCCGCGUUUAGACCCUUUCUUUUUUGUGAUCAAAUUUUUUUAUUGUUUACAUAAUAACAAAAACACAAUACC